AUGGCCUGGUUAGGUCUGGCAUUUGAAGAUGCUCAGCGGGCUCUGGGAUGGGGGACACCCAGGGGCAGGCUGCCACCAAGGGUGUUGAGGGUGUUGGUAGACAGAGCCGGGCUCUCACCACCCUCCCUCCGCUCUCCCGGCACAGGGUAUGGCCACGUGGCGCCAGGCACGGACUCGGGCAAGGUCUUCUGCAUGUUCUACGCCCUCCUGGGCAUCCCCCUGACGCUGGUCACCUUCCAGAGCCUGGGCGAGCGGCUGAAUGCGCUGGUGCGGUGCCUCCUGCUGGGGGCCAAGCGCUGCCUGGGCCUACGACGGCCCCACGUGUCCACCGAGAACAUGGUGGUGGCCGGGCUGCUGGCGUGCGCCGCCACCCUGGCGCUCGGGGCCGCCACCUUCUCGCACUUCGAGGGCUGGUCCUUCUUCCACGCCUACUACUACUGCUUCAUCACCCUCACCACCAUCGGCUUCGGGGACUUCGUGGCGCUGCAGAGCGAGGAGGCCCUGCAGAGGAAGCCGCCCUACGUGGCCUUCAGCUUCCUCUACAUCCUGCUGGGGCUCACGGUCAUCGGCGCCUUUCUCAACCUCGUCGUCCUGCGCUUCCUGGCCGCCAGCGCGGAGGGGCCCCAGCGCGCUGCCCGCCUGGCCGGCUCGCUUCACCGGGCGGCGCCCGAGAGCCACGCGCGGCCCCGCCGAGCCGCCGGGGGCUCCAUCUGCGGCUCCUGCCGCCGCAUCCGGCAGCUGGAGAGGUGCGCCCGCGACAAUCUGGGCUUCUCGCCCCCCUCGAGCCCUGUGGCCGUGCGCGGCAGCAAGGCAGACAGGCCCCGGGCCCGGUCCAUCUGACAGCCCUGGCCAGGCGGGGUCAAACCUGGUUGGGAGCAUCUGGAGCAUCUCCCAGCGCACCCACCCCCGGGGCUUGGAGAGGAGCCAAGGCCUUGAGGCUGUCUUCUGCAAGGAGUGGCUCCUCACUACCUUCUGAUGCUCAUCUCUUCCAGCCCCUCAAAAAUGCGUUAUGCUGCAUCAUAAGCACAAGCUAGACUGUAGGCACUCGGUAGGUGCAAAUCCUAGUCCACAUUGCUGCAGGAAGGCCUGGCCACAUCAGCACCUGGGAGAGCCCUUGCAUAGGACCACCUUACCUGCUGGCCCUUCAGAGGGGAGACUUGUGGCUAUGUGUUUUGUGAAGAGGUGGUGUCAUGUGCGGCAGGGAAAUGUACAACUUUCAGCACUGGAACCCUAUGGGGAAGCCAGGUGCUCAAGCUAGAAGCAUGGAGAACAGAUGCACGGAAGGAAAGCUCCCCAGCAGCCAUUUUUUGCACAUUUAAAUGACUUCUUUCUGUUCACCCAGCCUGUACAGAAUUACCCACGUUUGAACCACCACCCCCACUGCAUAAAGCUGAUCCUUUGUCCUUAGCCAACCCCACUCCCAGAUGAAGGAGAUCUUGCUGACAGCCCCUAUGUCACUAGGACCCCGCCCCUAGGAGGCAGCCCAGUGCUGUGGGAUGAACUUUAUUUGGGGUCCUGCGGAUCACCAGCAUUGUGACUUUGGGAAUCUCAUUCUUUCCUUGGGCUUCAGUUUCCACAUCAGUAAGACAAUUGGGUGCAUUUA